AGCCCAACACAGAGCACAGAGCGGGAAGGACAGCUGAGCUCAUGCAAGGACAACAGGGCUUGUGAGCGUUUCUGGAGAGGAAGUUCUCCUCACAGAGAGAGGGACACAGCAGACCGCAGGCACCAUGGAGCCCCCGUCAGGCCCUGCAAGCAGGAGGCAUGUCCCCUGGAGCAGGCUCCUGCUGGCAGUCUCACUCUUAACUUUCCGGACCCCGCCCACCUCUGCCCAGCUCACUGUUGAAACGGUGCCCCGCCUUGCUGCAGAAGGGUCGGAUGUUCUUCUACUCGCCCACAACGUGUCAAAGAAUCCUCUAGGCUAUGGCUGGUACAGAGGAGAAAGGGUAGACAGCCCCCAGCUAAUUGCAUCGUAUAGGGUAGACACUAAUGCAACUACCAAUGGGGCUGUGUACAGCGGACGGGAGACACUUUACCCCAACGGAACCCUGCUGAUCCGGAACGUCACCCAGAGAGACACAGGACCCUACACCCUGCUCGUUACAAAGAAUGAUUUACAGACAGAAAGACAGACUGGACACCUCCACGUGCACCCGGUGCUACCCACACCCGUCAUCACCAGCAACAACUCCAACCCCAGGGAGCACGAGGACACUGUGGUGUUAACAUGUGGAUCUGAGACCCAGAACACCUCCUACAUGUGGUGGAUCAACAGUCAGAGCCUCCCAAAGGGCACCAGGCUGGAACUGUCCAAGGACAAGAGGACUCUCACAGUAGUCACUGUGACAAGGAAUGACACAGGACCCUAUGUGUGUGAAGCCCGGAACCCAGUGAGUGUCAGCCGCAGUGACCCAUUCACCCUGGAUGUCCUCUCCCCAGUGGCAAAACCCUCCCUCCAAGCCAGCAAUGCCACAGUUACAGAACACGAGGGCCCCGUGGUCCUGACCUGCCUCGCAGAUGAGACUGGGGUCUCCAUACGCUGGUUCUUCAAAGGCCAGAGUCUCCUCCUCGCAGAGAGGAUGACACUGUCCUCAGACAACAGCACCCUCACCAUAGACCCCGUCAGCAGAGAGAACACCGGGGAUUAUCAGUGUGAGGCCUUCAACAGGGGCAACUCCAGCAGAAGCGACCCCCUCAGGCUGCAUGUGACCUGGAGAGAAACCAGCCGAGCCCUCAGUGUGGGGGCCAUUACUGGCAUCGUGAUUGGGGUCCUGCUUGUGCUGAUACUGCUGGCUGUCGUGGGGCGUUUAAUUUUCCUUCACAGAGGGAACUGGCCCCCAGCGUCCACCUCAGGACGUGGUCCCUCUGGCAGCUCUGUCUCCUAGGCCUCCCUAUGUGAUGCCAGGCCACCAGCUCUACCAGGAAUUACUACAACCGAACAGAGAUGUUUACUGUCAUAUCAGCCACAAAGCAGAUGUGGGUCCUUAGUUCCUCCAGACACGUCUCCUUAACAGACUGUGGGAAAGAGCUUACCUGAGACCCAAGACCCAAGUGAGGUGAAGAGGAAGAGCUUGAGGCAAAGAACCAGCUCUGAGACCUGAGGCUAUUCGGGAACCUGGGCCCAGGCUCAGGGUCCUCGUGGAUUCCUGGACACCCUGACAGGCUGCCCUGAACUCUAGAUGAACCAGAACUCAGGCUGCUAUUCACACAAUGGGGGCAGGUCCCAACAGGGCAGCAGACUGGGCCCGUGACCCACUGUGGACCACCGGAGAGAUCUGAGUAAAGAGCACUUUCCUUCUGGCUGCAAUGUACUGCCCCUGGGUCCUGUCCAGCUAGAAAUUCACCUGAAUCUCUGUUCUGGUCUCUCCAUGGUUCCUCAGGGAACGCAUUAGCUCUAGUUACCUGACCUCCCCAUCCAUUCCCUGGGGGAAAGAAAGGGGAAGAUUGUGAGAAUGGAGGGAGGGAGCAUGCUAACAGGAAAGGAGGGUCACCAGACCCUUCGCAGGCACGUGGGCACUCUGCAGUCCUCACACUGCCCUGGGGUCCCAGGCACCUCCCAGUGCCUGCUCACCUGGCAUGGGGUCUCUGGAGCACAGAAUAUGGGACCAUCUGAGACCCACUAGAACUCGAGUCAGGAAGGAGAAGUCGUGGGUGAGACAGCUAUUAUGGGUGAGGCCCCUUUGCAGCCUCUUGGUGUCCUGAGCCCUCUGGCCCUCCUGUCCAGGCCCUGUUGGCCCCAACUGGUGCUGCCUCAAAUGAAUUUUGUUGUUCAGUUGCUAA